AUGUGGCUGCGCCGGAGAUGCCCCGCGGGAGCCGCCGCCGCGCUGCGCCUUUGCUGCACCCCGGCCGGCCUCCCCCGGCGAGGCUACGGCGCGCGCUCCGCCCAGCGCCAGGGGCUGCUCUUCCGGCAGCUCUUUGAAGCCGAAAGCUUCACAUACACCUACUUGCUGGCAGAUGCAAAGACCAAGGAGGCGGUUCUGAUCGACCCGGUCCUGGAGACGGCCCAGAGAGAUACGGCGCUUGUGAAGCAGCUGGGACUUAAUUUACUCUAUGCAGUCAACACCCAUUGCCAUGCUGACCACAUCACAGGCACCGGGCUUCUGAAGCAGCUGUUACCUGGAUGUCGGAGUGUCAUCUCCCGGGACAGCGGGGCCUUGGCAGACGUUUUAAUCGGGGAAGGACACACCCUGCGGUUUGGGGCAUUUGCCUUGGACUCUCACUCCACUCCUGGGCACACAGACGGCUGCCUGACCUACGUGUUGAAUGACCAGAGCAUGGCCUUCACAGGGGACGCCUUGCUGAUCCGGGGCUGUGGGCGGACGGACUUUCAGCAGGGUUCCCCAGAAUCUUUAUAUCGCUCUGUCCACGAGAAGAUCUUUACGCUGCCUGGAGAUUGCCUCGUCUACCCUGCCCAUGAUUAUACUGGCCAGACGGUCUCCACAGUGGAGGAAGAGAGAACGCUGAAUCCACGCCUGACUCUUCCUCUGGAGGCGUUUGUGGAGCUCAUGAACAACCUAAACUUGCCGAAGCCGAAGCAGAUUGAUUUUGCGGUGCCUGCAAACCUCAAAUGUGGGGUCCAAGACACAGCAGUUUAG